CGGUGCGGGAGAAGUUCGGCCGAGAAGAACGGGCGCCUUUAAAUUGGCGCUGGUGGCGACGCCGGCGGUGGCGGGGCGCGACGCAUCUACUCGCGGCGAAGUUCGCGCCGCGAGAUAUAACCGGUUGCAGUGAUCGCCGCGACGAGGUUAUGUCGCCGAGAUGCACCGAGAAACGAGCUCACCAGUCGCUAAGCGCCACGAGAUUCGCAGGUCGCCAGUGACACCACAUAUGCGAAGGUCUCUGAGACCAGAGAAUACGGAGGGAAGCUUGAACGAUAAUUUUCAUGGUUCAUAUGCAGAAGGGAAAAGAGCUGGACGACGAAAUACGUCGAAUCUGUCGAAAAGUGAUGAAUCGUCUAGAAAUAAUCUAGAAAGCUAUGACUCAUUGAUGACAGACAGUUUUAGUGAGGAAGAUGAUGAAGUACCGUAUCUUCAUUUAGAGCGUUCCAGAACUGUUUCUCCAGAAAGAAAUGAUUAUUCGGAGGCUUCAACGCUAGAGCGAAAGAAAGACAGAAAACAAAACAGAAAGAAUACUGCGGAACGAAAAGAAUACUCACCGGACAGAGACACCGGAGAGACUGGACAGAGUACAAGCUGUAUACAUAUAUUUUGGGUAAUGAUCGUCGUCGUGUUAGCUGUCCUAGCAUCAAGUACUCUAAGUAAGAAUCAAGUGCAUACGCAGUCCGUGAGCAAAUCUACCUCGCUGCUAUCCGAAUCGAUGAAUAGCAUCAAGGCAACGUUUCAUAGUCAAGAAUUGGAUAUCUGGAAUGAUAUUUCGUCCGCGAUAAACGAGGUGAUGUCGAGAAAUCCCAAGGCACCUUCGAUCAUUCUGUUAUUUGCGAAGGAAAGUACCGCGAUGAAUUGUCUAGCCACUGAAUUGGCAAAUGCGAGCAGCACCAUUUUGCACGCAGACAGUUACCUGGUAUUUAAUCCGGAAGAUUUUGGAAACGAUGCUGGCGAGAUCAUUACUACAUUAAACAAGCAUCCUCCGGAGAAGAAGAAAGUUGUGCUGAUCCGCGAUAUAUUGAACAUUAAUGCGGAAGCAAUCAAGGGAUUACAUAAUUUAUGCGAUAGAGUGAACCCUUUGGUAGCAGAAGCCAUUUAUAUUCUUACUAUGCAAACUAACGAUUAUCAACCGUCGCAGAAAAAGCUACACUUUGUGGAAAAGCAGCUUUAUGGUAAACUGUCAAAGAGCAUCGAUUGCGAAGUUUUAAUGGCACUUGUAACGCGCAUUACAGACGGAGCAAUUAUAUGGGUGCAACCUGAGCCACAAUUAAGAUACUGUUAAAUUUAACUUGCAAGUACAUAAGUGUAAUAGCGUAUACAGUUGUAAUAGCGCAUUGAUAGUUGUGUAAAUAACAAAAUUGUUUAAUUAAAGUAAGCUCCUUUGUACAAAACUCGUAAAUUUAAAAAGACAAAUUCAUCAAGAUCGUACUCGUUUAUCAUCCAACUCUUCCACUGAUUUACGAAACUGUUGUUAAAGAAGAUCAAAUGAUGCGAAACGUUGUGAAUCAAAUUUGUGUUGGUUUCAGAUAUACGAUUCAUGCUUGUAAAAUUUGGCCUUAAUAUUUUUGGUAGAUUUGUACCUUUAUAAGUUCCAAUUAAAAAACAACUUGUCGAGAUAUAUUGUUUUGCAACAGUUUUCGCAAAUAGUUAAUUUUCUUAUCUCGCCUAUUAGAAUUUUCCGUUAUCUGUGUAAUAAAAUUUAUACUUUACAAUAAGCUACAAGUCACGGACAUUGUAGAAAGCCCAUAUGCGGAUGAAAACUGUCAGAACUGAGAAAUUAGAAUGUUAGAAGUAUCUUCUACGAUCUUUUUCGCAUUGCACAUAAUAAAUAAAUAAGCUUCUCUAGCAUAUAUUUUUUUACUGACAUGGUAAUUUAUUUUGUACAAAAAUCAAUCUUUUUUGUUCUUCAGUAUUAUUAUACAAAGUGAUUAUAGUGACACUUUAGAAAUCUUAAUUUUUUUUUGCAUCUGCAACAGUAUCAUGUAUAUUAACAGUUAUGACAGUUGUGAUAAAGUUGUUCGUCUCUGUGGUAGUAAAUUAAGGGAAUAUAAGAUCUAUAGAUCUGUUAAUUUAACUUUAUUUUGUUAUGCCAAUGUUACACGAAAUAAAUUUUAUUUUUAGCGAGUUUUUUUCUAAUCACAAUUUCAUAUUUCUAUUUUCGAAAAAUAUAACGACACUGUUGUACAUAGCGAUUUCACGCAUAUUUCCGAAUGACAUGUUUAUUUAGCUUCAAAAUAAAAUACAGUAAUCAGGA